AUGCCAAAGUCUCUUCCUCAAAUUACAGUGAAAUCGGAUUUGAGUGUCUCCACCACAUUUCAAGACGAGAUUCAUGUGGCAGCCACCUAUUUGCGCCUCAUUAAGGUUGGCUUAAUUUUAUUGAUUACCCAUCAAAAAAACUGUAUUGCCUUUAAGAUUUCUAGAUUUGUAAGAGAUGGAAGUGGGGAAGCUUUUUGUGGAAGCGAUCCCUCAACAAUGACAUGUUGCAAGCACGAGUUUCAUCUUCAAUGCAUCCUUGAAUGGUGCCAGAGAAGCUCCCAGUGCCCAAUGUGUUGGCAGUCUAUCAGCCUGAAGGAUCCCAGCAGCCAGGAGUUGCUUGAUGCCGUGGAGCAGGAGAGAAAUAUGCGGAUGAAUCCACCUAGAAACACAGCUACAUUUCAUCAUCCAGCCCUGGGAAACUUCGAAUUGCAGCAUUUACCAGUUAGUGCAAGUGACUCUGAACUUGAAGAGCGCAUCAUUCAGCACUUAGCUGCUGCUGCUGCGAUGGGAAGGGCUCGUCAGCUUGCCAGGAGGGAAGCCAUGAUAGCUAGCUCGAAUUCACCAUUUAUUACACUUGGAGAAGAUUCUGCACAGAUUAUUACCCCACGAUCUUCCUCCCAAGCUGACCACAUCACCACCACAGCAUCGGGAUCAGGUGCCGUUGCUAAUCAACUUGGAACUUCCUCGAGCAAUAGGAGAUCUCCUGCUCAGACUUCCCCCAAUAGUCAAGAUAGAGCUGGACCAUCAGAUUUCCAGUCAUUCUCGGAGUCUCUGAAAUCUCGACUGAAUGCAUUAUCUGUGAGAUACAAAGAGUCCAUAACAAAGAGCACAAGAGGCUGGAAGGAGAGAUUGUUUGCUCACAACAGUUCAAUGCCUGACCCUGGCACUGAAGUUCGUAGAGAGGUUGACCCAGAUACAGUGGAACUCGAGACUGUAGAGAUGGGUGGAAACUCUCAUUUGACCGAGAUUGAAACACCACCUCCUUGUGCUGCUAGUUCAGCAUCAAACUAA